GCCGACGUAACCUAUUAAAAAUAGAUAAACACAUUGUAUUAAAAUUAGUUUAUCUAUAAGAUUCACAAUUGCGAUGUUUUCCUAAUAAUACUUGCUUAAAUAGUGUACUCCAUUGGGUUUGAAAAACAUCCAAAAAAUGUCAUGACAGAGAACGGAAACAGAUCGUAUAUGUAACAGCAGCAAAAAUAGAAUUCAACGAAGUAAACAACCAGUUUCACGUAACUAUUACAAUUAGAAUCAACUGAUAAUUGAACACAAUCAGUCUAACAAUAUCUGGAGCAAUGGUCUCCAUUCAUCGAUUGACUGAUGAGCCAACAGAGGCUUGGAAGGAGAUUUCCAAGACACAGAAAGUGUUCAAAUUAAAUGUGAAAAUACCAACCAAACCCGUGGAGAAAAAUAAAGUUAGAUUUGUUUGCAUGAGUGAUACACAUUCUCUUAUACGGAAUAUCAUGUUUGAUAUACCUGAUGGGGAUGUUUUCAUUCAUGCUGGUGACUUCACCAAAUGUGGCCAAAAAGAUGAAGUCAUACAAUUUAACAAGUGGUUAGGAAAUCUACCGCACAAGCAUAAAAUAGUGAUUGCUGGUAAUCAUGAAUUGAGCUUUGAUAAAAAGUUUGCUAAUAUCUUCAAAAAGAAAUUUGACGCCACUAGGAGGAACACAGACUGCAAGGAUGAAGUUCCAAAUUAUGGAAACACAAAGGAUGAUAUUUAUGAGGCAGUUAAUACAGAAAACAUCAGGCAAUAUUUGACAAAUUGUAUUUAUUUGGAGGAUUCUGAAUUAGAAUUGUAUGGAAUAAAAAUAUAUGGGACUCCUUGGCAACCAGAAUUUGGAAACUGGGCCUUCAACUUAGAAAGAGGUGGAGAGUGCUUAUCAAAAUGGAAUAUGAUACCUAACAAUAUUGAUAUUUUAAUUACACAUACACCUCCAUUAGGUCAUGGUGAUCUGGUUUGUUCAGGUGUAAGAGCUGGAUGUGUGGAACUGUUGACCACAGUGCAACAAAGGGUGCAACCCAAAUAUCAUGUAUUUGGUCACAUUCAUGAAGGAUAUGGUGUAACAUCAGAUGGAAAAAUAAUUUUUAUAAAUGCUUCAACAUGUGACAUAAACUAUAUCCCAAAUAAUUUACCAGUAGUAUUUGACAUGCCUGUACCAGAAGGCUAUAAAAAAGAUUAAUUUCUGAUUAUCCAGUGAUACAAUUUCUUAAUUAAUUAGUUUAAUUUAUUUAUUUUAUUUUUGUAUUAUAAUUUAUUAGCAUAAUAAACGUUUUUUAUGUA